UCUCCCGCGUAGCAGUCGGCACUCGCCGCUCGUCAGAUACGUGCGCGCACGCGAGACGACUCGUACUUACUCAAAUCCUUGAGCUGCCGGUUUUUCCAAGUUCGCGCGGGAGAACACUCGUGUGGACACGCGCGUUCAGUUCGGUUGUACGGUUGUUUCGGUGCCGAUCUUUGGUGGACCGCAGAUUUUGCUGGUUAUUUUUUGCUUUUCUUUGCGCCGAUCCACGAGAUGGCUCUGUGAUAAACAAGAGAAGCCGAGGGUCUUGGUUAUUGGGACGAGUAAAAGUGAAUUAUCAAUCAAGGAUGAAAAGAGGAGCUGGCAGAGAGGAGCUCCGUUAAAUAGGCGGCAGCGGUAGCCGAAGGAAGCAAUCGGCCAGAGGAAUACACAAGGCGUCCGGUGAAGCUCCUCAGUGCUGCAGGAGGGAUACACCGGAUAUUAAGAGACGACGAAGGGAGAAAAGAAUAAGGCCGGGAAACGCAUUGCUUUUGCAAUCGAGAAUGCGCGGAAGUCGUGGUAUGGGUCUCGUGCCGCCACUGCUGAUGUUAAUGACGUUGCUGAUCAGGCAAGAAGCAGUCGGAGCUCUGAAGAUACUCGAGUUAAGCGUUCCGCCGUACCUCAGGAGAGGUGCGACUGCGCGUCUGGAGUGCAGAUACGACAUGGAGUCGGACAAGCUGCACUCGGUCACCUGGUACAAAGACAACGUUCACAUCUUCAGCUUUUCACAAAGCUCGAAAAAGCAGGUUUACUCGAUCGACGGCGUGAAGAUCGAUGCUCGAAAUUCCAAUGAUCAAGUGCUCGUCCUACAGAACGUAAGCCUUAAUUCCACGGGCUAUUAUACCUGCGAAGUGAACACCAACAGUAAACCAUUCAAACUUGCGAAGACCGAAUCUUACAUGGAAGUUAUAGAACCGCCGCAAAAAGAUCCGACGAUUACUGGAGAGGAGACGAUUUACGCCACCGGCGAUAUUCUCGCGCUGAACUGCACGAGUGACUUGUCGUAUCCGGCGGCUCAGUUACAGUGGUUCAUCAACGACGUUAAGGUCGAUCCGGAUUCAGAGGUGCUGCACGUGACGUCUCACGGGCUUCAUCGGACGCGUUCCAGUCUGCGAUUGGAGCUGAAUCCGCUGCAUUUAGCGGCCGGCAAAAUCGAAAUUAAGUGCGUGUCGACGGUACGGACGUCGGCGCUGGUGACGAAGCUUUACAGGGACGUCCGGUCGACGAAAAUUUACGUUCAAGGUCAGGCGAGUCUAUCGGCGCCAUCGACAUCCCUGCUGCUGGCAACUCUCCUGCUGCUCGUCUCGCUGCAGCAGCACUGGAAGUAGACGGCUCUCAUCCGAAGCCCCGUUUUCUUUUGUGCCUACUACAUACACACACACUCUGCGAACGAUGUAAUUCAAUGAGACACGGACUACAAGCGCACGUAUAUAUAUCAGUAUAUAUAUAUAUAUAU